AUGACAUCGAGCUCUGAAAGCCAGGGCCUGUCCUUUAGUGACCUCGCCAACGUUGAAAACAAUGAUGAGGACCAAAAGAUUGAGCAAGAUGGUGUCAAACCGGAAGAUAAGGCUCAUAAGGCUGCGACCAAAAUUCAGGCUAGCUUCCGUGGACACAUAACAAGGAAAAAGCUCAAAGGCGAGAAGAAGGGCGAUGCACCAGCUGCCGAGGCCGAGGCAAACGAGAAGAAAGAUGAUGCUCCCUUUGCUGAUGGUGUGGAGAAGAAGGAGGGAGACGGCCCUGCUGCUACCGAUGCAGCCCCAGCCACCAGCCCCAAGGCUGACGAGCCCAGCAAGGCAGGAGAUGCGCCUUCUGAGGAGAAGAAAGGUGAAGGGGAUGUGGCUCCCUCGGAGGAGAAGGCCGGUUCAGCGGAGACAGAAAGUGCCACUAAAGCUACCACUGAUAACUCGCCGUCAUCCAAGGCCGAAGAUGGCCCUGCCAAGGAGGAGCCUAAACAAGCCGACGUGCCUGCUGCUGUCACUGAUGCUGCUGCCACCACUCCUGCUGCAGAGGAUGCUGCCACCAAGGCGGCCCAGCCUCCAACGGAGACUGCAGAAAGCAGCCAAGCCGAGGAAGAGAAAGAAGCUGUAGAUGAAGCCAAACCUAAGGAAAGUGCCCGACAGGAUGAGGGUAAAGAAGACCCCGAGGCUGACCAAGAACAUGCCUGAACUUUUAA